AGGAGGGAGCUCACAUCUUCUCUCCGCUUCUUCAUCCUCUUUUUAAACCAAUUUAGACGUAGACUUAGUCCCGAUUCAGAUUCAAAUACAUGAUUAGCUAACGGGAGUGAGAAAAGGGAUAGCCUAAAUUAGUUUUAGUGCCUGUCAGUUGACUAUGUAAGGAAAAGUAUUUUUUCCGUUUUGUUUUGUUGCAUUUUUUUUUAUCAUUCUCAGCAGGCGUUUGCUGUUGUGCUCUUUCGCGAUAGUCUGACAGCAAAAUAUUCCAUUUUUGUUUUAAAUCGGAUAUUCGUCUGAUCAUUCUUAUUGCUGGGAGAUGGAUCCGCAUGAUGGAAUUGUCACUAUCGAUAUUCUGACACUUUGCUGGGUGCCACAAUUAAACUAAAUAGGCUACGUAAAGACAGAUAAUUUUGACAUUUUAGACAUCCUCGUAUGAAAUACGAAAGCGUCAACUAUCACAGGCUACUGAUGGUUUAAAAAGCGCUCCGCAUUAUUGGUGAAAUAAGACCAGGAUUACGCCAGGUAUCUUAUUUGCGUUGUGUUGAAUGCAAUAUAUCAGAGCGAAUCUGGGAAACUUCAGCGGUUUUCUGUAGGAUGUCGCGCCGCAAGCAAGCUAAACCAAGAUCCCUGAAAGUAGAAGACGAUGUGACUGAGGCCCAGCUCACCCCAGGGCAGACUGCCGUAGCAAGCGAUCCAGACUUCGGCCCAGAGGGGGUGGUGGAGGAUGCAGAGGACGGCCGUCUGAGGAAGAGGCGUCUGUCUCCGGAGCAGGGCGAGGAGGGGGAGGAGGAGGACGACGAGGCCGUGCUGCACAGCUGCGGCGGCUGCCGGCAGGUGUUCGAGUCACUGAGCGAUCUCACCGAACACAAGAUUAAUCAAUGCCAGCUGACAGACGGAGCUGACCUUGAGGAUGACCCUUCCUGCUCUUGGCCUGCAUCUUCGCCCUCCAGCAAAGACCAGACGUCCCCCGGCCACGGCGAUGACUACGACUUUGGUGAGGAGGAAGGCGUUCCCGGCCUUCCCUACCCGUGCCAGUUCUGCGACAAGUCCUUCAGUCGCCUGAGCUUUCUGAAGCGCCACGAGCAGAGCCACGGCGACAAGCUGCCCUUCAGCUGCACCUUCUGCAGCCGCCUGUUCAAGCACAAGCGCAGCCGCGACCGGCACGUCAAGCUGCACACCGGCGACAAGAAGUACCACUGCGGCGAGUGCGACUCGGCCUUCUCGCGCAGCGACCACCUCAAGAUCCACAUGAAGACGCACGCCUCCAACAAGCCGCACAAGUGCCCCGUGUGCCGCCGUGGCUUCCUCAACUCCAGCUCGCUCCACGGACACAUGCAGGUGCACGAGCGCGGGGCCAAGGAGGGCGUGGGAGCGGGCGGCCGGGCCGAGACGCGCAAGUGCAGCCGCUGCGAGGAGGGCUUCGACGUGCCCGAGGAGCUGCAGCGCCACAUCGCCGAGUGCCACCCGGAGUGCUCGCCGUCGGACGACGCUGCCCUGGGGCCCGGGCUGCAGUGCAUCUACUGCCACGAGCCCUUCGGCGACGAGGGCACGCUGCUGAGCCACAUCGACCAGGCGCACGGGCGCGACCGCGACCGCAAGGGCCACGCGUGCGCCGUGUGCUCCGAGCACUUCGCCACCGUGGAGGAGCUCUACGCCCACAUGGACGUCCACCAGCUGCCCGAGUCCAGCAACCACAGCAACAGCCCCUCGCUGCUGACGGUGGGCUACACGUCCGUGUCCAGCACCACGCCCGACUCCAACCUCUCCGUGGACAGCUCCACCAUGGUGGAUGCGGCGCCGCCGGUCCCCAAGACCCGCGGCCGGAGGAAGAGGACCGCCCAGCACGCCUCCGACAUGCCUGGCCGCUUGGCCAAGCAGUCCAAAACCGCCUACAGCUGCAUCUACUGCAACAAGCAGGUGUUCUCCAGUCUAGCCGUGUUGCAGAUUCACCUGAAGACCAUGCACCUGGACAAGCCGGAGCAAGCCCACACCUGCCAGUUCUGCCUGGAGGUGCUGCCAUCUCUCUUCAAUCUCAAUGAACACCUGAAGCAGGUGCACAACGCCGAGGACCCCUCCGCGCUGCUGGCCACACUAUCGGACGCCUUACUUCAGUGCAACUUCUGCCCGGAGGUCCUGGGCGACCUCAACGCCCUCCAGGAGCACAUCCGCUGCUCGCACGGCUUCCCCAGCCCCGUGGCCAAGGAGAGCAACGCCUUCUUCUGCCCGCAGUGCUUCAUGGGCUUCCUGACCGAGGCCACGCUGGACGAGCACGUGCGCCAGACCCACUGCGACACGGGCAGCCUGCGCUUCGACUCGCCGCUGGCGGUCAGCUCCAAGGACCCCAUCGUGGAGGUCUACUCCUGCUCGUACUGCACCAACUCGCCCAUCUUCAACAGCGUGCUGAAGCUCAACAAGCACAUCAAGGAGAACCACAAGAACAUCCCGCUGGCGCUCAACUACAUGAACAACGGCAAGCGGUCACUCAGGGCCCUGAGCCCCUCGUCCCCCGUGUCCGUGGACACGGCUCUGCUCAAGCACGCCACUCAGUCCUCGCGCUCGGCCAGUGAGUUCAUCUGUAACCAGUGCGGCGCCAAGUACACCAGCCUGGACCUCUUUCAGACCCACCUCAAGACGCACCUGGACAGCGUGGUGCCGAUGCUCACCUGCCCGCAGUGCAACAAGGACUUCCCCAACCAGGAGUCCCUGCUGAAGCACGUGACGGUGCACUUCACCAUCACCUCCACCUACUACAUCUGCGAGAGCUGCGACAAGCAGUUCACCACCGUGGACGACCUGCAGAAGCACCUGCUGGAGAUGCACACCUUCGUGUUCUUCCGCUGCACGCUCUGCCAGGAGGUGUUCGACUCGAAGGUGUCCACCCAGCUCCACCUGGCGGUCAAGCACAGCAACGAGAAGAAGGUGUACCGCUGCACCUCGUGCAACUGGGACUUCCGCCACGAGACGGACCUGCAGCUGCACGUCAAGCACAGCCACCUGGAGAACCAGGGCCGGGCGCACCGCUGCAUCUUCUGCGGCGAGUCCUUCAGCACCGAGGUGGAGCUCCAGUGCCACAUCACCACGCACAGCAAGAAGUACAACUGCCGCUUCUGCAGCAAGGCCUUCCACGCCAUCAUCCUGCUGGAGCGCCACCUGCGCGAGAAGCACUGCGUGUUCGAGGGCAAGGCCCAGAACUGCGGCACCAACGGCUCCACCUCGGGCGGAGGCGACCCCGUGUCCAAGGACGACCCCGAGCUGCAGGGCCUCAUGGGCAACAGCCACGGCGGCAGUGGAGGAGGAGGUGGAGCCGGAGGUGGAGGAGGAGGUGGUGGUCACGUCGGCGCCGGGGAGUCCCACAACAGCCACGACGGCAGCGAGGAGGACGUGGACACCUCGGAGGUGAUGUACAGCUGCGACAUCUGCGGCGCCUCGUACACCAUGGAGUCCCUGCUGACCAACCACCAGCUCCGCGACCACAACAUCCGGCCCGGCGAGAGCGCCAUGCACAAGCGCAAGGCCGACAUGAUCAAGGGCAGCCACAAGUGCAACGUCUGCUCGCGGACCUUCUUCUCCGAGGCCGGACUUCGCGAGCACAUGCAGACCCACCUGGGGCCGGUCAAGCACUACAUGUGUCCCAUCUGCGGCGAGCGCUUCCCCUCGCUGCUCACGCUGACCGAGCACAAGGUCACCCACAGCAAGAGCCUGGACACGGGCAGCUGCCGCAUCUGCAAGAUGCCACUGCAGAGCGAGGAGGACUUUCUGGAGCACUGCCAGAUGCACCCAGACCUGCGCAACUCGCUGACCGGCUUCCGCUGUGUUGUCUGCAUGCAGACCGUCACCUCCACGCUCGAGCUCAAGAUCCACGGCACGUUCCACAUGCAGAAGACCGGCACCAUGUCCACCAACCACCCGGUCGGCCGCACGCAUGUCAUCCCUCACCAACACAGUCAGCACCACCAGGCCCAGAAGCUCUUCAAGUGCGCCUCGUGCCUGAAGGAGUUCCGCUCCAAGCAGGACCUGGUCAAGCUGGACAUCAAUGGACUGCCCUACGGGCUGUGCGCCGCUUGCGUGAGCGCGGCCGGCAGCAAGAGCUCCAGCCCCACCAUGAAUGGAGCCAAGCAGCAGCAGCAGCAGCAGGGAGCCCCAGUGUCCUCGGGGACCGCGGGCUCCUGGGGCCAUGGAGGAGACAGCCCCAGCGACGCCAAGGGCAAAGCCGCCUCCUCUUCGGCCUCAUCCACAUCCUCCUCCUCGUCGGCGGCCGCCAAGACCCGCUGCUCCAGCUGCAACGUGAAGUUCGAGUCGGAGGCCGAGCUGCAGACGCACGUGCAGACGGUGCACAAGGACCAGGCCGGGGACGGCAGCGGCCAGCUCCGCACCCCACAGGUGUCCCCGAUGCCCAGAGUGAGCCCGGCGACGACCGACGAGAAGAAGACCUACCAGUGCAUCAAGUGCCAGAUGGUCUUCUACAGCGAAUGGGACAUUCAAGUCCAUGUUGCCAAUCACAUGCUUGAGGGGCUGAACCACGAGUGUAAGCUGUGCAACCAGACCUUCGACUCGCCCGCCAAACUCCAGUGCCAUCUCAUCGAGCACAGCUUCGAGGGCAUGGGUGGCACCUUCAAAUGUCCCGUGUGCUUUACAGUAUUUGUUCAGGCGAAUAAGCUCCAGCACCAUAUUUUCUCAGCCCACGGUCAAGAGGAUAAAAUCUACGACUGCUCCCAGUGCCCACAGAAGUUCUUCUUUCAGACAGAACUGCAGAACCACACAUUGAGCCAGCACAGCAGCUAACAAGGUGAUGGUGCACACCCCUCUGCCAAUGCCACAAUCACAGAGAACUCCAUCGGAGGAUGACAACUAUCCAUGUGGUUCUGCCCAUUUAUGCACUGAACUUCAGUUUCAGUAACAGAUUGUUUUUGUUUUUGUUUGUUUGUUUUUCACAAAAGUGAACAAAGUGCAUAUGAACACAAACAGGAAAAAAAGAUACAUGACCCAAGGUCUUUGUGAAUUGUAUUGUUCAGUAACUGGCUAACGUGUAAAUAAUGUUCAUGUGUUGCUACUCCUCAACUAUAAAGCAGUCUUGCAUUUGCCAGGGUAAAAAACAAGUCUUUGUUACAAAAAAAGAAAAUGAACAUGGCCGUUGAAAUGAAGUGUAUGAACCAGACAUCAGGACCAGUCAAAAUGGACACAGUUGCAUAGGGACAGCCUUCCAUGGUGCCCCGCUCAAAGCUUGCCUCUGAACGUCCAGAGAUGGAAUGCUCGAUCACCAGCAAACUGAAGCCUGCCAUUUUGUGAUUUAUCUUUCAACAGCCACCUCAGUUUACAGGUCAAGCUGAGGUGGGUCAAUCAUUGAAGCGCGCUCUGUCGAUGUAACGAAACAAAAAUGAAAAUCAGCAUUCUGAUAUAUGCAAACCCAGUGAACAGUGGGCGGAGACAGGGCUAUCUCUUGGUGUUUGGGAGAGAAUAUAGUCCCUGCAAGUCCUCAGAACAGUUUCCACUAGCAUGGCAGAAGUAUCUGCUUCUCUGAACGAACCUGUAUAUUUCUGUUAUUAAUGUUUACUGUUUGGCCGAGUCUGGAAGUUUCCUUUCAUCUUUGUUAUAUCAGUAUAUCAUAACUGGGUGGGGGGGGGAAAUAAGCUCCUUUUGGUGCAGUCUUUCUCAAGGGGAACACACAGAUGCUUGUCCCCUACUCUCCCUGAAGCAGCCCUACCUUUCACUGAUGUUGUGUGCAGACCCAUUGCGCCAUAGGUGAAAGGCAUUGUUGUAUAUUCUGUACAGUAUUCCCCAACCCAGACCCACAAACACCCAUACGUUCCCUUCUAUACCAGUUUUGCAUUCAUGGAACUUGAGAUGCACUUUUCUAUGAAACUUUCCUGCUUGGACGUUCUUGUUUGGGGAAAAAAAAAUGUCAUUAUUGUCUUGAGAAGACUGAGAGAAGACUACCACCUCAACUGAAAGACUCUGGUGAAACAAAAUGUAUCAUGAACCGAAACCUCUGGUGUUAAUUAAAAAAAAAAUGUAAUGUACAAAUAUGAACUGAGAUCUGAAUUUGGCAGACCUCCUUUUUUGUGUUGCACAUGUGAUGAAAAUAUUAAACCUGUAUGAUGAGA